UAGUUCAUGUAGAACAUUGCGGAUGAACUUAACGGAAAAUAGGCGAAUACAACACGUACUAGUUCAUAGAAGUGUUUUUCCUCUAUCACGUUAAAUAGCAUAAUGUGGUCAACCAUUUUGGCAACGCUCUGUGUUCUUUUGCUGUUACGUCAUGUUUGGUAUCGACGAAAGUUUUACUACCUUUCAUGGAAGAUACAAGGGCCAUUGUCAUUACCACUUAUUGGAAAUUCUUUGACUUUUCUAGAUAGUUCUAAAGUCGUAAAUACGACCACGGACCUAAUGAAGCAGUACAAAAGUACCACACCUAUUCGAUUCUGGUUGGCUGGUCACUUUAUAUUAUAUUUUGCUAAUCCUGAAGAUGUUGAAACAAUUAUGACAUCGCCUCAUUCACUUGACAAGGGAACCAUUUACAAGCUGAUUCAUUUUAUGUCCGGUGGCGAUGGUUUAUUCACUAUGGGCGGUGAAGGUUGGAAAAAACAUCGAAAGUUGCUUAAUCCUACAGUGCAAAACUACAACAUCCUGAAUAGCUUUUAUCCAAAAUUUAAUAAGAACAUGAAACUGAUGACAGAACUGUUAGAGGAAAAAGUGGGUCAAGGAGUAGUCGACAUAUACCAUAGCUUAGAAGCGUGUACAUUGGAUAUGAUUUGUGAAACUACCUUUGGGGCUACAAUGAAUAUUCAAAGAGGUGAAAAUCGCUCAUUCUUGGAAAGUGCUAAUAAUUUAAUGCUUAUGGCCGGCGUGAAAAUAUUUCAACCGUGGUACAGGUUGUACCCCAUUUAUCGCCUUUCGAAAUACUACAAUGUUGUAGAGAAAAGUAAGAAGGAUUCUCAAGCUUAUGUAAAACAGAUCUUGGACAAGAAAAUAGAGGAAUUUAGAAAUAAAAACCAUAACGAAGACACAAAAGAAAAGUCGAGUGAACUUGACGAGUUCGGCAAAACUCGCUAUAACAUCUUUAUUGACGAAAUUGUCAGACUAUCAAUUGAUCGUAACUGUUUUACCGAACACGAAAUGUUAGUAGAAGCCUUCACAAUGAUGGCUGGGGGAUUCGAAACUACAGCUUUAACCGCCUCAUAUAUUGUACUAAUGUUGGCUUUACAUCCUGAGUACCAAGAAAGAGUUUUUCAAGAACUUCGUGAAAUUUUUCCAGACCAACGAUCUGAUGUGACGGCAGAGGAUAUCUCAAAGUUCAAGUACACGGACCAAUUUAUCAAAGAAACAAUGCGAUUUACUCCAACCGUACCAUUUGUAACCAGAUACGCGAAAAAAGACAUCCAAAUAGGAAAACACACAGUGCCAGAGGGAACCGAGUUAAUUGUUUCCAUAUACCACUUGCACCGAAAUGCAGCUAUUUAUGGAGACAAUGCAGAAACCUUCGAUCCAGACCACUUCCUUCCAGAAGUUGCUAAAGACAGACAUCCUUUUUCCUUCGUGCCUUUUACCGCAGGCAUACGCAAUUGUAUCGGGAUGAAGUAUGGACACAUAGUGGUUCGUCUGUUUGUGGCUUGGAUUGUUCGAAAUUAUCGCUUUACAACGAACCUAAAAAUGGAAGAACUCACAUUCAGGAUGAAUAUCACAAUGAAAGUAGCACAAGGUCACAUGGUUGAAAUACAUAAGCGAGAAAACUACUGAAGAAUAUGUCUAACAUCGGGUAUAAACAUUCAAAUAUUAAAAUAAAUUUCAGUCGUUCCUAUUACGAUUUAAAGCUAGGAAUGGGUUAAAAUCAGGCAUAGCAAAGUUGACUCAGUCGUCUUGCAGAGAACUCAGCAAUGUGUCUAUUCAUUGAGGAAGUUACGAAGGGCUACAGGAUUUCACGGGACGAAUGGUCACUAAGUAGACCUAUGUGCUAUAAUCAGAAAUAAUUCCCCAAUCUGAUAAAUCUAUAAUGGGCUGAGGUGGCAGUGUUUAUAGUCGGUGUCAGUAGCUUUUUCGUUGCACAUAUCGAAACAGUCACAGCAAUGAUACUUAAGUUGAUCCGUUUUAAUUUUAUUAUCGUCUCUACAAUGCAAUUGAGUUUUUAUUUGCACAACCUGAAUUUAACCUGCUCCGAGCCAUAUAUGAAAAUGGUUCGUUUGGGAAUAUGGCAUGAUAUAUUUAUGUUAAGAAUAACUCGUUCAGCCCUAUACACAUACGGAUAGUGAUUAACAUGUAAAUAAAUAAAUUAUUAACCUUAAUGUAUCCCCAAGUUUAUUGAUGAAGUUUACUAUAAAUUAUUAAAAAAUAAAACGUAAGAAGCUACGCCUGUGACAAUGUAAA